UGCCAAUGCUGGUAGUUUAUAUCUGUGGUGCCUCGAGGAAUGUUCCAUGAGACUGACUAAUGCGGGACAUGGUGAUUUAGAGGAAUUAUUCAGCUUGGAGUUAUUGUGUGGGAGAGAACUCUGGAAAACUGAUAUGCAACCGCCAAUAUACAUGUAUAUCAAGAGACUAAAGUCAUUUUGAAAGAAUAUAGCACUCUGUCCAGAAGUAAUGGUGUGGUGACUCAUUGGAAUCAGCCUGAAUAGAAACACAAGAUGGCAGACACCACACAGGAAUAUCGUUUCCCACUGCCAAAUGAGCUCGAGAGCCUCAACAGUUAUGGACAAACAGGACACUAUGGGCAGCUUGGUGGACCUGGGCAACAGGCUCAACAUGGGCAAGGACAGACUCGUCAACAUGGGCAGUUCGGCCAACCUGGGGUAAUGAGCCAACCUGGGGUAAUGGGCCAACCUGGUCAUAUGGGCCAACCCGGGGUAAUCAGCCAACCUGGGGUAAUGGGCCAACCUGGUCAUAUGGGCCAACCUGGUCUAAUGGGUCAACAUGGUCAGAUUGGUCAGAUUGAGCAAAGUGGUCAGUAUGGACAAGUUGCUCACCAUGGGCAACCCCGUCAACAUUCCUACAGAACUGAACAACGACAAGUUCACCACACCGUUUCAAGCAGCAGCACUGGCUCUGUCCAUGGGGUACCAGAUGUUUUAGGGCAGUACACUAAUAGGGCGGGAGCAUUGCUACAAGGACCUGCAGCAAUGCCUGAUGUUGAUUUCCCACCAGAUGUCGCUGCUAUGAUGUUAGUCGACAAUGAUAACCAGAAAUAUGACAUCAAUGAAAAGCAUCAUGAUGUCGUCCAUGGGCCGCAUGGCAGUACAGAGAUGUUCAGCAAGCAUCAGAAACGCACAGGAGUAAAUAGCAUGUACGAAAACCAGGAGAUGAUGACUUUUUCCACGCAACAAUAUGAUUCGUCAGACCCAUCUCAGGACGAUACGGCUGGUGAAGACCAGUAUGUUUUACGGCUUGUCGGAGCCACAGACGUUGAAACUGGGGACCACAUAGGAUACAGUUCGAAUGUUACCUUCGGAACAGAUACUCCCUCUGAUGACAGUUUAAGUAGUUUUACUCGUGUAAACCAGCAAAACAGUGUAAGCUCACAAAGCCAGCAAAACAGGUAUGACUCCAUGCAUAGGAGCUUUUCCGAAACAAGUAAUGUACAAACUUUUUCUCAGCACCUAGCAAAAAUAGGCCAGACUGAGAUGGAAGCGGUUUCUUUGGAGAGUUUGGCGUCCUUUACUCAGCAGCAGGCAAAGCAAUGGGACGAUAGUCCAUCGGAUGACAGUCUGAGUGCCUAUGAGCAGCGGCAGACAAAGGUUGGUUUAACAAGGACGACGGAGACUACGAGACACAGUACUGACAAGGUACACACCCUACCUCUGCAAAAACCAAAGUACGACACGUCUCAAAGUCUUCCGCCUGAAAAACCGCAUUUUAACACCAUGCGUCACCUAGUGUCUGAAUCAAGUAUCAACCAGGAUGUUAAAAAUUCGCAUGUGAGGACUCAUUCCGAUCAAACAUUCCAGGCACCUGAUGAGAAAGACCUAUCAAAUCGCAAUAUAAAGGAGUACUUCUCAUACGACGUUCGACCUGUUCCGGAUAUGUCACCGGCGUCAAGUGUUACUGGCUCUAGAAUUAAUGUUAGAGUGAACAUUACUGAACCUCCCCCAAAAGUGCAAUCUGAGACUGUGGAGCGAACAUCAUCAACAACUACGCAGAUGGUUCAGGGGGUGGAGCAGAAAGUGACGCGCCGUCCUCCUCCUCCACCUGUGAUGCCGAAACCCAAGACGCCUGACGCAACUACACGAGGCUAUGACUUUACCGAGCGGUUAGUUAUACGGGGUGUGAUACCGGUUGAGGAUCAAGCCAUGUCGGAGGAGAGCCCCGAUGUUACAAGUGAUGUGUUCGACCCUGACAUAGAAGCCAUGCUGAUGGGUGCAGGACAACAACCACCUAAACAGGGUGAAGAGCAUAUUGAGUACGUUGAUGGGAGGUGCUCAUGCUGUCCCUAUGGUUAUCACAUCGACUUGACUUUCUUGGGACACAUGGCGGAUAAGGAAAACCUCUUAAAGCUGAAGAAGAUAAAACGAAACAAACGAAACCUGCGGAAGUCAAUGGAAGUUUACAUGCAGUCUCAGGACUCCGACAACCAAGCACCACCUCCUGAUCUUGUGCAUAAUGAAUCUCUUCUAACAAUGGUCGAACAGGAUGAAAAGGCCACGAAACGAAUUCUCAGUGAAAUCGAUUCCUCAGUGAAUGAAACUAUAGAAUCUAUAGACACCCUAAUAAAAUCUGGUCCACCGCAAAAACGGCCAAAGCCACCUGAUCCCUGUGACAGUGACUUUAGUGUCAGUUCUGGUCCACAGAACACCUCCUCACCAAGACCGGCUCAGUCAUUGAACACUAGUGGGUCAACAAGUUCUCUGUCUUCCUUAGACUCCACUGAUAAAAAUGCUCCACAAACAUUAGUCCAAAAAACCCAGAACCAGAGGAGUAACUUGCACACAGAACACCAUAGUACUACAACAAACAUUACCAACAUUAUAACAUCACAACAAAUUGCUAAAAGUGUGGAAGACUGUUUGAAUGAGGGUGCUGCACCUUCAGCUGAUCCAAAUGUUGUCACCCCAGACCAACUCCAGGCAAUCCGUGAUCAAAUGAAGCUGAGUUUACAGAGAAUGCGAGAUUUGGAGGAGCAAGUGAAAGCCAUUCCAGUGCUGCAGGUGCGAAUCUCUGUGUUGAAGGAAGAGAAACGGCUACUGAUGUUGCAAAUGGAGGCUCAGAAAAAUAGGAAGCCACCUACAAGUAACACACGGUCCAUAGGUGUUGAGACCGACAAGAAGCCAAGAAUGCGUUCAGUUGGCAUCGAGGCGAACCAAAAGCCAACGAUGUGGUCUGUGGGUGUUGGAGAGUGUACAGUAGAUGAACCUGAAAGCACUACCACUGGGCGACGAUCACGGAGCCAGUCACCAUCAGGACGAUCAUUUGAGAUAACUGAGUUCCAGUCAUACAGGAGAAAUAAUCUGACAUCAAUGAAUAAGUACUUUGGGAAGACUGGCAGUGGAAGGUCAACUCCGACUUUUGAUGGGGCUGAAACAGUUGAUUCUGCAGUCGGAGAUGGCGAUGUCUCAAAGAUCUACUAUAUCCAACCAGACCUUGUUACAGAGGCACAGUUCUCCUUGGAAAUGAAUAGUCUUAGACCUGAUCAUGUCCCUGAACUCAUCAGGUCUAUGGACAAGGAGCAGGAAGAAUUUGAUGCUCUUGAGCGUGCGUUGGCUACUCCAGUGGAUGAAAAAAUGGCCCAAUACUCAACACAACCGACUUCAAGGAGGCCUAACGAAAGGAGUGAAGAGUUUAUCAGUCUUAAACAAGCACCACAGCAAGAGUUCGCACAAGAUAUUGAUGAAAUGGUUGUGCCAACUUAUGUCAAACCUCGAUAUAUGGGCAAUGUUCCGAUUGUUUCUGAUAGCGUUCUGAAGAAAGAGAGUUUGCAUCCUGAAGAAGAAGCUGUGGAUCUGUCGUCUGCCCCGUUGCAGGAGAGUCAGCCAGUGGAAGAUGUGGUUGAUGCAGAAAGUGUCAACGAUAUUCAGCAGCCCGGUAGGUUACGUGAAUCCCAUACCGCUGAAUACACUCAUGUUCAUGAGAAGGAGGUGGUUUACGUAAAUCAAGCGGAGGUCAAGGUCGCACCAAGAGAGGUCAAGCAGAACAUUGUCAUGAUUUCCAAAUCACCAGAGUUAAAAAAGGCAUCAAGAACUAUUGGCGUUGGCGAUGGUAACGUGUUUGAACAACCAAAACCAAAGAUCAUCAAACCAGUCAAACCACAGACCCGAAGUGUAGGAUCGAUAGUCCAGGCUGCAACACGGGAUGUCGGGAUAAUGUUUGAGUCAAAGGCACCAGAGAAGCCCAAGCCAGAGACAAGGGAAAUAGGUGUGGGAAUUGGUGACCUUGAUGAGAUGAAGCUUAUUGAGGUCGGAGAGUUUGGAGAGUACUAUCAUACUGUACCAAUGACUGAAGAAGUUAUGCAAGAUCGACAACAACAACUUGAGAAACAACAGCGAGAAUCUGGUGUGGUCAGCCAAAACCAAAGUGGUGGCCAAUCAUUUGGUCAGCGGACCAUCAGGACUACCAGCUCCUCAUCUUAUUCAGAACGUAGAAAUAUUUUGUUGCAGGAAGAAAAGAUAAAGACUGCCUUGAGAGACGCGUUGCAUCGGUCAGUCAAGAGUGUCGCCAUUAUGUGUAAGAUGUCUUCUCAUGAUAAAGGAUGUUCGACAGACUUAGUAAAGAAGUGGGAUAAAGGAUGUGGAGAUGAUACUGUCGACGUGGAUAUCCGGCCAGCAACUGAGAUUCGCUCCAUUGGCAUUGAUGUCAAACCGCAACGUAUUAACAAAUCUACCGCAAUAGAUAAACCAUUCUCUUAUAAUGCCAUGACGAACACCCCUAUUUCUCAACUGAAGGAUAAGUCUACAAACACUGCAAAAGUUCAGACCUACCCUGCAUCUAUUCAAACAGAGGUCAAACGCACCUACAGUGUAAAUCUUGGGACCGAUAUGAAAGUCUUCAUGGCAAUGGACCAGAUUAAGAACACUGCUGUGAACACUGAUACACCUACGUUAAGAAGCGCUGAAACCAACACCGAAAGGAAAGCGCUGAAGAGUGAAAACUAUGACUUUUCUAUAUAUUUUCGGGAGGGUACUUCAAACACUUUAGAAACGUCUGCAAAGGACUUGAAAUUGACAGAUCGGGGUCAGAAUACUAUGAAACCUGAAGCAAGAGAUAAGGAGAUUGAGGAACGGAUUGCUUCUGAAAAAGCUAGAGUUGCAAUGUAUGCACCAUCUAAUGGUCAUGAUAGUGCUGAUGGGGAAGUAGGGUCAGGUUCGCACUCUGUUACCACACGUACUGUCGGAUACGAAACUAGUCCUCAGGUUAUUGUGAAUAGGCGCGUCGUUAGUCAAGAGUAUACAGAAUCUACAGAAGGUUCAAUGCCUAUUGGUGGCUUCUCUCAAUCAGCUGGUGGUCAUAAGACAAGCGAUGGUUUCAAUGGAUCAUCUGGCGGUAAUGUGUCCGGCAGCCUCAGUGGAUCCUCAGGAAGUGGUGUCAGUGGAUCAUCUGGUGGUAAUAUGUCAGGCAGCCUCAGUGGAUCAUCAAGCAGUGGGUUCAGUGGAUCAUCUGGUAGUAAUAUGUCAAGUGGCUUCAGUGGAUCAUCAAGCAGUGGCUCCAGUGGAUCAUCUGGUAGUAAUAUGUCAAGUGGCUUCAGUGGAUCAUCAAGCAGUGGCUCCAGUGGAUCAUCUGGUGAUAAUAUGUCAAGUGGCCUCAGUGGAUCAUCAAGCAGUGGGUUCAGUGGAUCAUCUGGUAGUAAUAUGUCAAGUGGCUUCAGUGGAUCAUCAAGCAGUGGCUCAAGUAGAUCAUCUGGGGGUAGUAUGUCGGGCGGCUUCAGUGGAUCAUCAAGCAGUGGGUUCAGUGGAUCAUCUGUUGGUAAUAUGUCAAGUGGCCUCAGUGGAUCAUCAAGCAGUGGCUCCAGUGGAUCAUCUGGGGGUAAUAUGUCGGAUGGCUUCAGUGGCUCAUCAAGCACUAGGUUCAGUGGAUCAUCUGGUAGUAAUAUGUCAAGUGGCGGCCGUGCGGAAUCAGAUGGUUCUACAUCUAGAAAUGUUGAAACUGUUACACGUUCUACCAUCAGCAAUUUACAAAUGGGUAGUGGAUCAUCUCGGAGUGCUCGCAUGUCAGGUUAUGGCGUCUCUGACACAUUCCCAGGUGGUCGAUUCACUAAAUCGUCAAGCAGUCUGGUGUCAAGUGGCGGUGCUGUGUCAGGAGAUGGUUCAGCAAAUAGUUCCGCUGAUAGAUCGGUUGAAACUGUAAGAGGUUCAGCUGGCCCCACUUUACAAAUGGGUUUCAAUAUGUCUGCUGCCUCAGGUACAGGCGGUGAAAUGGACAGUUUAGGAGCUCAUGUGCAAAGAGACUCAGGAUCUUCAAAGAUGAGUUCAUCGGGUAGCUUUACGCAAACAGUGUCACUUUCAACUGGGGGAACUGGAGCAGAACACUCAACAGCAGCUAUUAAUUUGUCAGGCGGACAUUCCAGUUCAACAACAGAAAGUAGUGGAUCAUCUUUGAGGGAACCGUUAAGCUUGCCUUCAGACUCAUACAGAGAAACUGACAUCAUUGACAGCGAAGUCUCAAGUGAUCUUUCAUCUGCUCCUAGUGUAGAUGCUGGACUGAGUUUGUCUGGAGGGAACAUCUCCACAUCUGGAUCAGUUGGGACAUUAUCGAGUGGGAGUUCCUCUUUAGACGGAGUUUCUGCUGGAGGUCAGUUUGUUGCAAAGAAACCAGGAUCCCUAAACUUGAGUGGGAAUAGUUCUAGUACCACCAGUCAUGCCCAGUUUUCCACCUCCAGUGUGGUGGGUUCCGGAGAGACCAGGAUAAGUCCUUCAAGUAGGACGAAAAGGCGUUCAAGUAGUGAAAGGUCCAUCCAGGAAAUGAUGGGAGGUAACCUCGGAGGUGGCGAAUCUGAGAUAACCACAACUGAAACAAGUGGACUUGAAUCUGGUGUAGGAGUGACUGGUGGUGCAUCAAUGAAGGGCAAUGCCGAUGCAAGCCUGGUCUUUGAGAAUAAAGCUGUUCUGAGUAAGUUUGGUGGUGGGUCGUCUGGUGAUGGAUCAGAGAGUGGUUUCAUGUCUCGCUCAUCUAGCGGCCGGAUGUUGAACUUACAAGAAGGUGAGAAGAGCCCGGCAAUGACAUCAAGUACUGGAUCAUUAAGUGAGGACUCACUUGGGGUUACUGUUGGUGCGAAUGAUGGUGCUACACCUGGAACUGGUGGUAGGAGAGUCAUUGUUUCCUCCAGUGAGACCGUCACGACAUACUCAUCAUCUGAAGGUUCAUCGGUUGGAAGUUUGGAUAUGAUUGGAGAGGAUCAGUUGUCAUCUCUGCCUGGUGACACAAAGAAUGUCACAUUUGGUCUUGAGAAAGAGGGCGAUAGCGAUUCAGAGCCAAGUCAGUCAGAUGUGUUUGGGCAAGAAAACAAUGGGACCAUAAUCAGGAAGCAUGUGGUGACAACAACAAGAAGUUCCAUUCCAGUGAGGAGCAGCCGUAAAGAGGUCCGAGUCCAGCAAACAGUUGAUCAAAAUGGCAAUAAAAAUUCCAACAGACUCUCAUCUGGAUCACCCAUUAGGGAAUCAGGCUUUGGACUCCAAACCUCUGGAUCUGGUAACAUGAGUUCCUUAAGUUAUGGUUCGUCUCCCAUGGGAACUCGGACUAUUGUUGAGGGAAGCACUGAAAUUACUCAUGAAUCUGGAUCAUUGUCAUCAGCAUCGCCGAGCAGCGAAAGUGGCUUUGGAACAGGACUCUCUAGUUAUGUUUCUGGUGUGGAGUUUGGUAGAUCACCUGGAUCUGGCUUUGGAUAUCGAAGUGUCUCUCCAGGGCGCAGUCGGACCAUAGUAGAGGGUAGCACUGAAACAACAUAUUCAACUGGAAAACAUUCACUAGGCUCAUCUGGUGAAGAAGGUUUUGGAACGCAAGGCCAAAGUGUUGGUGCGGGAGGUCAGGUGUAUUUAGGUUCCAGUCUUUCCCCAGGGCGGACGCGUAACAUUAUGCAGGGCAGCACAGAACUUACUCAGUCCUCAUCUGGUGGAGAGAAAGAUCUGGAGGUCCUUGCUCAGCUGAAAGAACUUGAGAAAGACAUUGAGUCUUCCCACGCAAAACAUUUUGAAAGUAUGGGAUCUGAGUACGAAUCGGGGUCUUUAGAGGGAGACAUUGAAGCCGCACACAACAAACACUACGAGAGUAUGAAGUCGAAGUUCCUGUCUGGUGCGCUGCAUUUAAAGGAAAAGGAACAUUCCGAAACUGGUGAAAGUUUCCUCACAACUGGUGCUAUCAAUUUGACUCCUACAGCUGUGUCCAAGUUAGAGAGUUCGUCCAUUACUGUAACCUUUGGUUCAUCAGGGCUUCCUAAACUUGCUGAAGAAGAGGACCUAGAAAAUGCUGACUCAGAUGAUGAUGAAGGUGCGGAAGGGAGCAGUUCACCCGAAAUGUCCAAGUCCAUGUCUGAAGGGUCCUUAGAAAGGAGUGGUUCCUCAGGCGGGUCUACUGGUUCUCUGAAGUCCAUUAUGAAGCGCUCUGGCAGCUUUGAAGGCAACAAGGGACAAAGGAAGGAGAUCAAGUUUGCUGUGGGAACAAUGGGAGGUGCCGUCAAGACCACUGAACAUGUCCAAAGCUAUGUUUCAACAAGCUCAGAUGAUGGCACGUCUGAAACAGAAUCUGAGAGUGACAGUGAUACGGACACGAGUUAUGAGGAAGGGUCUUAUGAUGGCCGCCAGGGCUGCAUUGUGUACCUGUGCAAGGAUGAUGAAGCUAUCGCUCAGGGCAUACCAGGAGCGAAAAUGUUUGAUCAGAAUAUACGAGAAACGUUUGACCUCAACCCCGAGAUGAAACAGUCCUGUAUUGCAUAUAGUGAACAUCUAAAGGGAGACAAGGAACUGUCUGAGGAAGAACAGAAAGUUUGCAUGGCUACGAUCCAGGCGGGAUGGUUCAAGGUGUCCAGUGAGAGACUGUCCAACCCACACCAGGUGGAGGACUACCUCUCCUCCUUCAACGAGUUGUGCCGAGAUUUGCUACCAUUGAUCAUCAACCAAGCUGAUGCAAAUGGCAACUGUGCUAUCCACUAUGCCGUCUCUCACUGCAACUUUGAAAUCGUCAGCCUUCUCCUGGAUACAGAACAGUGCAAUGUAAACGCGCAGAACAGAGCUGGAUACACACCAAUCAUGCUGGCGUCCCUCGCUCAGGUUCAGAUAGACAGACAUAAGGAAAUCGUGCGGCGGCUGUUUAGAGAAGGGGAUGUGAAUAUUAAAGCUUCACAGGCUGGCCAGACUGCUUUGAUGUUAGCCGUCAGCCACGGCAAGAAAGACAUGGUCAAGCUACUCCUGGAUUGUGGUGCUGAUAUCAACGCCCAGGAUGAGGAUGGCUCGACGGCGCUCAUGUGUGCCAGCGAACAUGGACACACAGACAUUGUCAAGGUUCUGCUGGCACAGCCGGAGUGUGAUCCAUCGAUUGUUGAUCAGGAUGGGAGUACAGCUUUAGCAAUAGCCAUGGAGGCAGGCCAUCGGGAUAUAGCAGUUCUUUUAUAUGCCAAGAGGGGUCCAAAAUCUCCGGUGCGGUCACCAGUGAGUGAGAUAACCAUGCUACUGCAGGGUUUCCAUCAGUUCAAAUUCAAGGGAAAGAGUCCUCCUCACUAGCCGAAGCUCAGCCAUCAGAAAAACUGAAGGAGAUGCUGGGAACAGAAUGAGAGCCCUGGGACUACCGGUGAUGUUGUGAUAAUGAUGAGAUUAUGUCAUGUGAGGCUUCCCAAUCGCGAAUCAUGGAUACUUACUAGGGACAUCUGUUUGUAAACCAGGCCCAGCACCUCUCAAAACAGCCUAUUAAGAGCGCUUCUUAAUGUGCGGGUUGAUGAGGGCUAGUAUGUUGCAAACUUGAGAAAGAACGAAAAAAUUCAUCUAAGAUAAUCGUUCUAAAACAUCUUGGUUACAUUGAUGUUUUGUUUUAACAAUAGAUUUUGUUUAGCCUUUUUUUGACCACAGCCAUAAACACUUGUUUGGCAGUGCUGCCCACAGGUUACACAGCAAUAUUUUCCCGAAAAAAACUAGCACUUUUACACACUCACAUGUAGAAGCGCUCUAUAAGGAUUUAUAUAUAUUGCUAAAAUUUGUAUAUUUCAUAUUAACUCGGUUGACCAAACCUAGCGGACCACAAUACUUGGCAUUUAUAUAAAUUCACACAUAUGUAUAUAGGAACUGCAAGAUGUAAAUAUGAAUUAUUUUAGCCCACCAACUGUAAUGAUGUCCCGAGGCUGCCAUCUAGGAUAUAGUGUAAACCCCUUUAUUUUUUGUGAGCCUGACAUUUUCAAGAUUUUUGCGAGAGGCGGUACCAAUCGCAAAAAUGUUAGGGAGCCCAAACAUUAACUUUACGGUUUUAUCAUUGGAAAAUGCACCCAUUUGCAGUAAGAAAUUGAAGCAAUAUCUGAAAUGCAUGUUUUCGCAAACGUAUAGGGCUGCGGAAAUAGAGGGGUUUAGAGUACAAAGGAGUAUAAGAUCAUGUUUGUAUUAAAUCGAAAUAAAUUUUAUGUAGCAGUAUAAAUAUUUUGUAUUUUAGAUGAUAAAGAGUUCAUGAUAGAUUUCUACAUUCCUUUUUACAGCGUCUUCCGACAUGCAAAAUUUUUCUUAUAAUGAAGAUGUGUCUUGUAUAUGUCAACCACCAGGUGUCAGUGGCACUAGCGCCAUGGCACAAGUUGUCAUUUUCUCACUCAAAAACAUAUUGCUGUCUCCAUGUUGACACUUUGUGGAAAAGUAGCCAUAGCCAUAGGAACUGGAAAUCUAUUAAGUGCAUUAGAAAUAGGUUGACGAAUUAUGAUCGCUGCUGUAGGGUUGCACUCAUUUAUUUUUGCACUUGUUUACACCAAGCCGCUUUUUUAUGUUAGGCCCACGUGAUGAUCUUAGCUUGAAUUUAGGAUGUGUUGUAGUGUUUAGGCCUAUUGCUGUUCAAAUUUUUGGUGAUGAUAAAACUAUCCUGAGACAAAUAUGAUUAAUUUCCUGUACAUCUUGGCUGUAUCUCAAACUUUAGGGUCAUAAUCAUGGAAUGGAAGUGUGUUCCUUAGACCCCAUGAAAGUCUAGUCUUGAAGGCUGCAGUGCUUGGGUUUUUUUGGAGGGAGAUGAUUUAUACCACACUGCAGUAACAAAUUUCUUCCUUUUUGUUUAAAAUAGAGGUUGCUAAAUGUUUCCAACCAGUGGCCUUCCUGCUGAAUUUGAAGAAAAUGUAAUUUAGUGUUUACUGCAGAUUUUAAAACUUUGUACAGUUAUUCUGGAGAAUACCAUGCAAUGUCGAAGGGACUAUGGCACAAUCAGUAUAACUAGGUGAGGAUGAUAUGUACCGGUAUUGUGGUACUUUAUUUCAAGACUUGAAUAUUCAUUUCAGUAGUUGUUACCCAUCGGUUCAGAUUAGCAUUGUAUGUAUUGUUAUGCUCUGACAGCAAGUGAAAUGAAAAAAAUCCAUCUGUCAAAGAACACACCUGCCGUUUUCAUUUACUUGCUUGGUAAAGAUCAAAUGUGGUGCAAAAAAAUUAUAACUUUGUAAUUUGUAAAUCUAUGCAUUUUAUAAAUACUUACAUUGUAACUUAAGUAAUUAACCAUGUUUUUCAGGUUAGUCGGGAAUUUGUAAUAUAUUUAGCCAGCGUAACAUUUUCUAGAUCGUUAAGUUGUAUCAAAAGCCUGAACGGCCUACAUUUUUUGUAUAGCGGUAUAUUUUAUCGAGAAGAAAUGAGAAAGGUUUUAUACUUUGAUUUUUUACUGGCCUUAUUCGUAACAGCAGAAACCAUACUGGGUUUUUGGUAACUAGUGAUGACUCCACUUCAUGUACUUUGAAAUUUUGUAGUCAUAUUUUAUUGUAUAUAUUUCAACAUCUAUGUAUAGGCUAAGCUUUUGUAAUACAAAUCUCUACAACAAAACAAUGUAUUGUCUGUUUUAAUAAUUCUAAGAUUGGUGGUCGGAAUGCUUUCUAAUUCUGAUAAUAUUCAGCUAAAGGUCUGUCAGUCACUCAUAUUGUGUGUAUCACAAGGAUUGACCACAAAUUAUAUUGAUUGAAGAAGAUGAAAUAAUUUGUCAAGUUAAAAUAAAAAUCGAAAAACUUUUAUCUGAAGUUUUUAAUGUCUUUAGAAAACUGGCCUCCUGGUUGGCUUGUGGUGUAUGUGUGUUGUCUCCUCUGUUGGGGUGUAUUGGAAGCCAGUAGUCUCUGUAAGGUACCCAAAGCCUUAGCAGAGAAAGGACUGGUAGGAACACUGCCAUCUAUUGCAGACUAUUUGUGUUUUGCCUAAUGUCUUCUUGGACUCUUUCACAUUUUCCUCUUUAAAUUCAAGUGGCCACAAAGUGUUCUUCUGCAGAGAUAGUGUUGUCAGGACUGGUGUACUGUUAAAUUGGUCAGGAAGAUUAUAUAGGCAGAGGUGCAAAUACAGACUUUAGCUCUAGCCCUUGGCCACUAAAAUAAUGGAAUGCAGUUUUCUUUGAGUCAUGAUUAACAUCAAGUAUAUCUAAUGCAAACUGUUGAUGCGUAUAAACAUGGCCACUUGGAUAUCUCUCCAUAGAUGUGAUGUCAGCAUCUCACUCCAGUGCGAGUGCAGAUCUGAUGCUAUCACAGUGUUCUUUCCAAUCCUGGAGACUGUUUUUAGGUGCACAUCUCCCAUGCCGAACCAGCUGUCAAUUUCCACUCUCAAGGGUAUUGUACUCAAACAUCUAGCAAAAGUUUUAUGCAAAAUACUUCAGAAGCACGCUGAAUAAGAUAAGAUUCUGUGAUUACAGUCCAGAGAAUAUGUCAUUGACCAGCACUGAUCAAUUUUGAAAUACUGAAAAAGCAUCAUUUUUUUGUGACUCUGUGUGAUAUUAUUGAGAAUUCUUCCAUGGCCUAUUAAAACAGUAUAGGGGUACGAUUACUUAAAAUAUUGUCCAAGCGUGUAGCUUGUUAGUUGGCAAAGAUUGGGUCCACCAGCUUUAAAAAACUGCUUUUUCUUAUAAGCACCAAGCGCUGUAGAAGUGUUUCAGAAAAGGCAAGAUGCCUUGCACCAAAAUUUCAGGUAUUUGUAAAUCAUUUUGUACAGUAGAACUGAUGUAGCCUAACUACUGAUAUGAUGACAACAUUUCUUGAAUUUGAAGAUGAUAUUACAUGUAACUAUGCUACUGCUGCUUUUGUAGGCACAGGCUAAUAAAAAUAAAUUAUUUUCUGAA